AUGCCGGGACCUGUUAUAUCUUACUAUGCGUUGGCGGUUCCAACACCAUGUAAUUCCCCAAAGGACUGUGCUGCCAAUGAAUGUUGUAUAAAUAAAGUUAGACCUAUAGGAAAGAGAAAUGUUGACCAAUCCUAUGGAUACUGUCAACCACUUGGGACUGAAAAAUCAGGAUGUUAUGUUAGAUAUGGUUCUGCAUCACAGCCACCUGACCAGUUGGUAUUUGGAUGUCCAUGUAGGUCACCAUUAAUCUGUAAAGGAAGGGGUGUUUAUGAUGUUCCACUCGGAGAACUAGGUUAUUGUACAGAUCCGCAAUAA